AUGAACAUGGAAAAUGACUACGCGGAUGAGCAUCAAGCCUUUGCCGCCAGCCGUAGCACGGAUUACGUUUACGAAACGGGGAACAGAGCUGUAUUCCAUGCUCUUGACAGUCAUGCGGAGACUAUUGAGGGAGAUGUCAAACUACCAUUUGUGAUCACCGGUGCCGCCGGGUGCGGCAAGAGCGCUUUGUUAGCGAAUUGGGUGAGCCUACGCAGAAAGACAAAACACAGAGAUGAAUUUCUGUUUCAACAUUUUGUUGGAUGCUCGCCGCAGUCAAAGCAGCUUGCUCAUCUCCUUCACCGACUUGAGUCCGCUUUAAAGGAGCACUUUCAGCUAAGGGAAAUGGAAAUUCCAACGUCCGAGGAACGUCUCAGGUGGUCGCUAAGUCGAUUCCUGGCAGCUGCGGGGAAAAAACAAUUCCCUGCUCGCAUUGUGAUAGUCCUUGACGCUGUCAAUUGUCUCCUUGGAGAAUCUAGCACAGCAAAUACAUUGCACUGGCUCCCGUCUCAGCUACCUCAGGGAGUGAGAAUAAUCGUGUCCACAGUUGAACUAGAGCAAUUCGGGUCAAGCCCUGACGGGCUAUUUGACGAGUCUAGGAUGCACAGAACAUAUACAGAGCUCCGUCGGAGAAAGUGUCCAACGAUUCAUUUGCAGCCACUGUCUGUUGAGGUUCGCCAUCUUAUCAUAAACAGUUUUCUUGCAGCCAACCAGCAGUCUCUACAAUUGCUAAAGCAAGCUCAACAAUUCAGAAUAGUAACUGCCAAAGCUUCCUCGCAGCCGCUUUUCCUUCGUACCGUUCUCUAUGCCUUGCGCCUUGGCGCUGAAAUGUCGAAUGCGACUAUUGAUCAGCAGGUUGAGGUCUACCUUGCAGCCGAGGUAACACCAGUGCUGAUUGCUCGCGUACUUGAAAUGUGUAGCGGUUACGUAGAUUCUACAUACACAGAAGCCGCAAAUAAUCUUAGGCGGGUACUUACGGCACUUUAUUCGUCCAGACAUGGAUUGACCGAGAUAGAAAUGUGGGGGAUUGCUCAACUCGCUACAGGCAACCCUCUACCACGUGAACAGUGUGCGUGUAUUCGCAGGAUUCUGCGUGAUUUCACAUUUUCAGUGAAUGGACUGCGAAGCCUCUCCCAUGUAGAAUAUGCUGCAGUGAUUUACAGUGACUAUAUCCGUAGCCCAGAAGCGCAUAUUCGUGCUCAUCAUUUGAUGGCCCGUUAUUUUGGCAGGCUUUCACCGUGCGAUCGCAAACUCGAUGCGCUUCCUUAUCAUUUGGAAGUGAGUGGGAAUUGGCAUAGGCUACGCGCUGUGCUCGUUGAAGUGAGAAUGUUCUGCCUUUGGUGGACACAUGCACACAAGCGGGAGUUUUUAAAUUUGUGGGCAAGCUUGACUGCUUCCUCCAAUUCACACACACCCAUACGCAAACUGGUUACAGGAGAGUUUGAUGACACCAUGCGAUGCGCACAACCAUCUCGUCCAUGUCUUGACCUUGUAGAAGAGUAUGUGCGAUCAGUUGACGAGUUUAAACUUGCACACACACCAUCUGAUGAUGAACUUGCUGCCGUGAUCCUGCAAAUUGGUGAUUUCAUGCUUGAAUUUGCCACGCUGUCGUUGGAAGAAGCGGCAGAUGUGCCCAAAUUCAUUCAUCCACCAAUUCCGAACGACGACUUGGCAAGUCUUGGUGUACCAUUUCUUUCAAUAGACAAGGAUGGUAACUCCAUUCUGAACACCCCAGUUGUUGAGUUAAUCAGUGAAAAGGGUAACAUCAGCGGCAAACUGGGUGUCGUGGACGUGCCAAUGAAAGUGAAUGAAAAAGUCCCCCUGUGUUCCACCUACUUUUAUCACAGGUGGGUGUGGAUUCAAUUUCCAUGGGUGUCUCUGGCAAACUGUGGGGAGCGAUUUUUGAAGGGAGUCGCACAACGAUCCAAUCAUCAGGACAAAACUGCUACCACACCCUCAACCAAACUACUCAAGCUAAAUCAAUUUCUUUGUAUGACUCCCGCAAAUGCGGCACCGAAGAUAAGCAACGAUUCGACUGCUCUGGCAAGUACAAUGAAGGCAGCUGUUGUAGAUCGCAAGUUACCUCAAAUAUCCUCUGUCAAAAUUGACAAUAUGGCAGAUGCAUUAGCAAAGCCAACUGCCGAAACUAAGAAGCCCACCAGUAAAUCACGACAUAAAUUUGCGCGAAAAAAAAUGUCACCACAAAAUCAACAGCGUGGUUUUGUGGAUCAUUUUGCUAACAAAUUGAACCAACUUCGCGAAAUCAUUAGUUCAUACCGCAAUGAGUUAGAUCAAUUAAGGCAAGAGCGAAUUGCUGUUAAUCGGAGAUAUGAUGGCAUUCGUGAUGAAGCAAAUGAGCUAAGCAAAAUGCACUUGUCGACAAGCGGCUUGGAGACUGAGCUCACUAGAUUAGUGGAACGACUAGAAAGGACCGAACGUGGUCAUAGAAUGGCAAAGCUUCUGUAUAGGAACUAUGAGUGUGUCAAGCUUAUGUGCGAACGCCAUCCAGCUCAUAGCCAAGCACUGAUAGACGAGCUCGAGGCAAAGCUGACUCAAGAUGACCUAUUCAUAAAAGAAGUCCAACAGCAGUUGAGAAGCAAUAUAUUUGACUCACAUGACUUUGCUGCGAACAAUAAAAUUCUACAUCGUGCAGCCCAGGAUUUGACUGGAUUGCAGAAUGACAUGCUAAUUCAACGGAUACGUCAGCGCGAGCAUCUCCAACGCACAGCACGACGAAAACAUCUCAAUCGUCCCACUGACGGCUUGCUAAGCUCAGAUGAUUCAAAUUCCGGUGUCAAGUCUAGGCGAGACAGUACAAAAGAGCGUCACAACCACACCCAAGGAGUUCUAGCCAAAGAUACUGCCCUUGUUGGCAGCCGACCCCAAGAGCUGGCAUCAUACCUGGAGCUUGAAUGGGAGGCCCGUUUAAAGCUUAUUCAGAAGCGAACAUUGUUGCCCAACCUGAGAGAGUUCUUCUGCAAAUUUUAUCUGGCCCAGUCGCUCCAGACACAAAUGUGCGCAUUGCAUGAUGCUGCUGAACUUCGACAACGAAAAGUAAAAUAUAUGCUGAGCCAAUCUGAAUUGGAGCUGGAGCAAGUACGUUAUGAUUCACAAUCAAUUGUUGGUUCGAGUUCCCGCGAGGCUCGUGAUAUGCAGCUCCGCCUUGCCAAUCAAUUAAUGCGUCACAAGCAUGCCCAGGAGACAGCCCGAAUGGCGGAGAGUCUGCAUCGAGCAGCUUUUGGGGGUAUCAAGCAUGUGUGCAUUAUGCUUGGCAUCCCCCCUCCCGAUAAAGAUACGCCCAUAAACGAGAUUAUACACCAAGUUGAAAGUGUCCUGGAAUCGCUGACGGAAGAGAGGGAUAGGUCAGCGCAGAAGCUAGCGGGCCACAAGCAAGUUACCCCGGACACUGCGCAUAGUAACAAAAAAUAUUUGCGAACACCAGAGCUAGAUGCUGCUCUUGAACACUUCGAAACAUCAAAAUCAUUAAUCGCGCAUCGCUUGCCAGCCAAAGCAUCGUGA